AUGGCUUCGUCGUCUUUGAAGAAGGAGAUAUUGGAAGCGAAAAAGCGCCUCUUCGACUUGGAGGAAGAUGUCAAAGAUUUCGAAAGGCGGCUCCGUGAAAUGACUGAACGGACGAAACAAUCUAUUGACCAACUGUCAAUCGAUUGCGAAUGGAACUGCUCAAAAGUUUGGCAGAAAUUUGAUGCGCUUAUGGAAAAUGCACGUGUGAAGGCAGAAGAGCUGUGCGACGACAUGAGGCGAAAGACUACCGAACAGCAGAGUAAAUGGCGCCAAUCCCUCCAGGAGAAAGAAGAGCUUUUGCAGGAGGCGGGAAUGUGGCGCACCGAUUUGCGCCAUUUGUUAAGCGCCGAUGACGACGAGGACGUUGUUUGUGGUUUGCAGUCGGUGGAAGCGAAGCUUUCAUCGCGCCUCCACGAAUCGUUCACUCCUGUCGAGGAAGGUCAUUUUGUGGUGACCUUUCCAGAAUGGUGCCAGCGAUCAUUAAAUCAAAUUCAAGAAGAAAUGGUCGACUUCACGGUAGGCACAUGGCCUCCAAGGAAUUUGGAACUGCAAAGUCAAUGCCGUCUGCAGGAUUCGAACCUGUGGAUUUUAUCAAUUACCGGCAGCGACGAAGAUGGUCACGUUUUUGUUGUCGAUGGACGCGACAAUUCGAUCAAGGAAUUCACAGAUUCUGGGGAAUUCGUCGGCCAAUGUCUCUUCAGGGACGGAGGAGUGAGAUUCUCACCUUUGGACAUUUGUUGCCUUUCAGAAGACAUUUUAGUUGUUUGUGGUUCUUUGUGGUUGAGGUCACGCUGGGUGGGAGGACUUUUCUUUUUGGCACGAAAAAAAAAUCUUUCUUUCCUCAUUUCCUUUUCUUUCUCUUUUCCUUCAUUCUCUCUUUCUUUAUUUCUCUUCCCUUUUCUUUUUCUUUUUUUUUUUCUGUCUCACACACACACAAUUUUUUUGAAUUCUAUCUUUCGUUCUUCGUUCGAAAAGGGAUUUUAA